GAUUCAACCCGAGUCCCUCAGCUGAACAACACUCGCUGAUUCAGAAUAUUUGAGCUGUGGUAUCAAAAUGGAUGCUGACAAUGAAGCCAAAGGUAAGGUGAGCGGCCAGGCGAAGCAGAACCCACAAGCGUUGGCAGCAGUUCAGGACAAAAUAGACAGUGUCUCACAUAAUGCUUCCAUCAUGGACAGCUUACCAAAGUCUGUGAAAAGAAGAGUCAAUGCCUUAAAGAAUCUUCAGGCUAACAACACGCACAUCGAAGCCAGGUUUUACAAGAAGGUGCAUGAGCUGGAGAGAAAGUAUAGCGCUCUUUAUCAGCCGUUAUAUGACAAAAGAAGAAACAUUGUCUCUGGAGAAGUGGAACCCACUGAUGAGGAGUGUGAGUGGCAGAGUGACCAUGAGGAUGAAGCAGCAUUAGCAGAAGAUCUGAAGAAGAAAGCUGCUAUAGAGGAAAAGACAGAAGAUGCUAAUGAGGAGAAGCCCAAAGGAAUUCCAGAGUUUUGGCUCACCAUAUUCCGGAGUGUGGACAUGUUGAGCGAUAUGCUGCAGGAGCAUGAUGAACCAAUACUUAAACACCUUCAAGAUAUUAAAGUGAUAUUUUCUGGUCCUGAUCAGCCCAUGAGCUUCACAUUAGAGUUCCAUUUUGACCCCAAUAAAUACUUUACCAACACAGUUCUCACAAAAGUAUACAAGAUGAAGUCGGAGCCAGAUGCAGAGGAUCCGUUUUCAUACGAGGGACCAGAAAUCAUCGACUGUGAGGGGUGUGAAAUUGAUUGGCUCAAAGGCAAAGAUGUUACGGUAAAAACGAUCAAGAAGAAACAGAAGCACAAAGGCAGAGGGACAGCGAGGGUCAUCACCAAACAAGUGCCCAAUGACUCCUUUUUCAACUUUUUCAACCCUAUUAAAGUUUCACCAGAUAAAGAGUUGGAUGAGGAUUCGGAGUACACUUUAGCCACAGACUUUGAAAUCGGUCAUUUCUUCAGGGAAAGAAUCGUUCCGAGAGCAGUUUUGUAUUUCACUGGAGAAGCCCUGGAGGAUGAUGAAAGUUUUGAAGAGGAGGAACUGGAUGAGGGUGAAGAGGAGGAACUGGAUGAGGGUGAAGAGGAGGAACUGGAUGAGUGUGAAGAGGAGGAACUGGAUGAGGGUGAAGAGGAGGAACUGGAUGAGGGUGAAGGGGAGGAACUGGAUGAGGGUGAAGAGGAGGAACUGGAUGAGAGUGAAGAGGAGGACCAAGAUGAGGAGGACCAAGAUGAUGAAGAGGAGGGAGAUUCCAAGGAUGAGGAUUCGGAGUACGCUUUAGCCACAGCCGUUGAAAUCGGUCAUUUCUUCAGGGAAAGAAUCGUUCCGAGAGCAGUUUUGUAUUUCACUGGAGAAGCCCCGGAGGAUGAUGAAAGUACCGGGGAUCCUCAGCCUGCAGAGUGCAAUCAACAGUAGUUUGGAUCACUCACUCCUGCCACUGUCAAACCCCAUCAGCUCACCUAGAAUCAGCCCUGUAGUGCGGCGUACAUUCUCUGAUGAGCACACCAUCCAACAAAACAAAACAUGAUGAUGCAAUACAUUGGUAAACUAGUUUUUUAACCUACAAAAUUUGCUAUACUACAACACUAUUGAUAAAUUGGGCAAUUCCAGAUUACAAUUCCCAGCUUCAGAAUGUAGAUAUAUACAUAAAUAAAUGUAAAACUAUUUUUUAAUUAAUUAUUUAGACAUGUACAGACAUAAUGACUUGAGAUAUGUCAUUGCAUAGCCAAAAAAAAAAAACUUGUAUUCUAACCUUUGUCAAGUUUGUUUGUAUUUAACAAAUAGUUUCUCUUCUCAUUUUUGAAGUGUUCCGUGUCAUGAGCAUAACCAUUUUUUAUGCAGUAUAUCCAUUUAUGUACUUUUUAUGCACUUAUUUAUGGAAUGUGCUAGCUAGCUAGCCAGUCCAACUAAUGUAUCUGCGAUAUCUUGCAGGCAUCAAUUAAUUGUGUUUAAUCAUAUCCGGCCUCUUUGCAAUAUAAAUAUCUAACAUUUCCAUCUUCAUUCGACUUUCUCUUUGAAUGUCGUAAUUAAAAAA